UUCUUGUGCGCGCUCGUGCAAGAUGUAACAAUGUCUUAAAAGUCAUCGUUAACGUUAUCGUUAACGUUAUCGUUAACGGAAUUACUGAUUCCUCGCAGCGACAGCAUUAUUAGACUUCUACAAAAGAUGAACAAAAAGGUAGUCACGGCGUUCUACUUGACGCUAAAUAUAGCCUUCUCAAUUAUAAUUGUGCUUCUCAACAAAUGGCUCUACAUUCAUACCCGCUUUCCGAAUAUCACGCUGUCCAUGAUACACUUCUUUAUGACGUUCAUCGGCUUGAUAAUCUGCGAAAAGCUGGAUGUCUUUUGCGUCAAAAGUAUUGACAUCAAGGAGAUGGUGUUCAUUGCCAUGACAUUUUGCGGAUUUGUCGUUCUAACAAAUCUGAGUUUGGCUCACAACACAGUCGGAACUUAUCAGGUGGCAAAAAUGCUAACGACACCCUGCGUGAUAGUAAUGCAGAUGAUAUUUUAUAAAAAGCGUUUUGGCAUACUUGUUAAGCUGACCCUGAUACCAAUUACGCUGGGAGUCGUAAUCAAUUUUUAUUAUGACAUACAAUUCAACGUUAUUGGAACCAUCUACGCAACGCUAGGAGUAUUUGUAACGUCUCUAUAUCAAGUUAUGAUAAACAGAAAGCAGAAGGAAUUUCAGAUGGAUCCAAUGCAAUUGUUAUUCUAUCAAGCACCAUUAUCUGCUAUUAUGCUGUUAAUUGUUAUCCCGAUUUUGGAGCCCGUUGGACAGACAUUCACGCACAAGUGGUCAUUGUUGGACCUGAUCAUGGUGAUACUGUCAGGUGUAGUUGCCUUCUUUGUGAAUUUAACAUCUUAUUGGAUCAUAGGAAAGACCUCGCCUUUAACAUAUAAUAUGGUUGGACAUUCCAAAUUCUGCCUUCUGCUGCUGGGAGGCUCAUUACUUUUCCAUGAAACGUUAGCGAUAAAUCAAGUCAUAGGUAUAACUCUAACGUUAGUGGGAAUUAUAUUAUACGCUCACGUCAAAAUGAAAGACAACCAGACGAUAAUACCAGAGUUUGAAGAUGGAGAAACAAAGCCUCUAUAUAAAGUAUGAUUCCAUUUUAGGCUAAGAUAGAUUCAAAGGAAUUGAAAAAAGAAAAAAACAA